CCUUAGUCCCCCUUACCAUGUUAUCACCUUCAAGAGACUUAACACUCAUCUUUCUUCUCUGUAUUCAUUUUUUCUGAUCACUACUAAGCACAAAGAAAGAAUAUGUCUGGAGUUUGGGUGUUCAAGCCGAACGGCGUGAUUCGCCUAGUUGAGAACCCGCCGGGGGAGAAGAAGGUAUUGGUUCACCUACCAACAGGUGAAACUAUCUCAUCAUACUCUACCCUGGAGCGAAUUCUUCUUGGGUUAGGAUGGGAGAGGUAUUAUGGUGAUCCUGACCUCUUCCAAUUUCACAAGAGCCCAUCCCGAGAUCUCAUCUCUCUUCCAAAUGAUUUCUCCAAGUUCAAGUCAGUACACAUGUUUGACAUCGUCGUUAAGAUUCCUAAUAUCUUCCAUGUCCGUGAUAACUAACAACUACUACUUGCAAGAGACUGGUGCCCGGCAGUUUAUUUUCAAUCUCUCUCUCUCUCUCUCUCUCUCUCUCUGUGUGUGGUUUUUCUUGUUCUUGUUCUUUUUUUUUUUUUUUUUUUUUUUUCCUGGUAUUUUGAAAUGUAGACUUUGGUUCCUAUCUAGUGAAUGUUUAUUGUUGUUGACUUGAUCACGUAUUCAAGUGAUGUGGAUAUAUAUAUAUAUAUAGAGGCUGGACCAGCUUCACUCAAUAUACAAAUGGGAUGGUGCUUCACGUGCAUAACCAUGGCAGGGUUUGAUUACGUGGAAGAACCA